AUGGGGGCUCGAGCGACAGAAACAACUCGGGAACUGGAAAGCACCUCUAUAAAGUAUCAAAUAGGAGGACAUGCGGAGAAAAUGUGGCAACGGCUCAAAGGAAUAUUAAGAUGCUUGGUAAAGCAGCUGGAGAAGGGUGACAUUAAUGUGGUGGAUUUAAAAAAGAAUAUCGAAUAUGCUGCAUCUGUGCUGGAGGCAGUUUAUAUUGAUGAAACCAGGAAGCUUUUGGACGCAGAGGAUGAGCUCUCCGAUAUCCAGUCGGAUUCGGUCCCGCUGGAAGUGCGGGACUGGUUAGCUUCUACGUUCACGAGGGAGAUGGGAAUAGUGAAGAGGAGACCUGAAGAAAAGCCCAAAUUCCGAAGCAUUGUGCACGCUGUUCAGGCUGGGAUUUUUGUAGAAAGGAUGUACCGAAGAACUUCUAGCAUGGUUGGUUUGGCUUACCCAGCAGAAGUGCUAGUAACAUUUAAGGAUGUUGAUAAAUGGUCUUUUGACGUAUUUGCCCUAAAUGAAGCAAGUGGAGAGCACAGUCUGAAAUUUAUGAUGUAUGAGCUGUUUACCCGAUAUGACCUUUUGAGCCGUUUCAAGAUCCCUGUUCCAAAUCUUAUUUCAUUUGCUGAAGCUCUUGAAGUUGGUUACAGCAAAUACAAAAAUCCGUAUCACAAUUUGAUCCAUGCAGCUGAUGUUACUCAAACUGUGCAUUACAUAAUGAUUCAUACUGGUAUCAUGCACUGGCUCACAGAACUGGAAAUUUUAGCAAUGAUCUUUGCAGCUGCCAUCCAUGAUUAUGAACAUACUGGGACCACAAACAAUUUUCAUAUUCAGACAAGGUCAGAUGUUGCAAUAUUAUACAAUGAUCGUUCUGUUCUUGAAAAUCAUCAUGUAAGUGCUGCUUAUAGACUCAUGCAAGAAGAAGAGAUGAACAUCCUGGCAAAUUUAACCAAAGAUGACUGGAGGGAGUUGCGUAGCUUGGUCAUUGAAAUGGUCUUGUCUACAGAUAUGUCGGGUCAUUUUCAACAAAUUAAAACGAUGCGACAUACCCUGCAGCAGACAGAAGGGGUAGACAAAGCCAAAGCCAUGUCUUUGAUUCUACAUGCAGCAGACAUAAGCCAUCCAGCAAAAUCCUGGGAACUGCACUACCGGUGGACCAUGGCCCUGAUGGAAGAAUUUUUUCGACAGGGAGACAAGGAGGCUGCUUUAGGUCUUCAAUUUUCCCCACUCUGUGACCGCAAGUCUACUUUGGUAGCUCAGUCCCAAAUAGGUUUCAUUGAUUUCAUAGUAGAACCAACAUUUUCUCUUCUUACGGACUCAAUGGAGAAAAUUGUUAUGCCUCUUAUAGAGGAAGCAUCAAAAUCUGAAAGUCCUGCAUUUGGGACACCCAGCCAAAAUAGUUUGGGAGCAGUAAGCAAUGCUGAAGCACAAAGACGACUCAAUUUUAAAAGUACAAGUGAUGGUGGGACUCACACAGAAAAUUCUCUAGCAACUGUAGACCUAACAAGCUUUAAGGACAACUUGAUGAAGAUCAUUCAAGCAAACAAAGAAAGGUGGAAAGAAUUAGCAGUAGAAGGUGAGCCUAAACACUGCAAGAAGUCAGAAGAUACAGUAAAAGCCACUGAGCAGAAUGAAGCACUGAUGCAGAACUAG